CGCCGCUGCCGCUAUCCGCCCGCUGGAGAUACUAACCUCCUGGAGCGUGUCGCGCAAGGACUACACUAUUCAACUGCUGUGCUCGUGAGCGAGAUCACCGAAGUCGCCUGAGCACCUCGGAAAUCAUGUCGCUCGCACCACCCCCAAGUUCAGGGCCAGACAGGGCCGCGUCGACCCUGAGUCUCGAACUCCCCUCCAACAACCCAUUCCGCAAAUCCAGCAUCCCUUCCCCCGCGAUCCCGUCGCCUGAUAGCCUCCCUCCAAACGGCCGUCCGGUGUCUCGCAAUCCCUUCCUCGCCGACUUCGAGCAAGCAACCGAACCGACCCAGAAAUCGGAGAACGCGCCGCUGAUUCGUACCAUGUCGCCGCCGGAUCGGUCGUCGCCCGUGAAGACGAGUUUUGGGAAGGAUGCAAAGGACUCGUUUGAGAAUUUGAGCAUCAAUGAGAAACCACCAAUUAGGAGUGAGUUGCACGACACAUCGUUUGUGACGUUUGCUCAUAUUCCAUAGAACCAAGCCCUCAACCGCCGAGUCGCUCCGGCACGGGUCCACUGAACACCCAUCGUUCAGCUCUUUCCAACGAAGCGGGUAAGCCCACUUCACGUGGUCCUCCGCGUCCUCGUCGAGGGCCCCGUGAUCCAUUCGACUCCCCCGAGAAGUCGGAGAAUCGCCGACCUCGACGAAACUCGGACUCUUCCAUCACUCCCGUGAAACCCUCGGGUGACGAUGACC